UCCAGUUUUUUCACUUCUCUCUCAUUCUCCUCUAUCUUCUUCUUCUUCUUCCUUUUUCUCUCCCUCUUCGCAUUCUCUUCCCUUCACCCUUGCGGUGAACGACAGCAAAAAUAGCUUCAAAACCGAUGAGAAGAAUCGCUCGGUGAUCGAUGCUAGUUUGAGCCCAACCCAUCCAAGCCGACCAAUGAGCACUCCUAAACCAUAAGAUUGAUAAUUUUAUUUUUGGUGGGAGUGGAGCGAAGGAAGCAAGUAAGAUAGGGAAAUGAAAUUGUUAGGUAUAAUAAACUUGAGAGAACUCCGAUGUGACACACAAACUUGGCCACCAAAUUCCCUUUUCCUCUUCCUCAUUUCAUUUAUAUAUAUAUAUAUAUAUAUCACACAUUAACACGUUGUGUCGCAUUUUCAUAUAAUUUGUAUGCCGCCAUUGACUUCUAUUUGGCUGGAAUUCGGUAUCUUAUCUCUCUCAGUCAACAACACAUAAAACACAAAUCAAUCAAAUUCAAAACCUUCAUAUUUAUCUCUCUGUUUUUCUUCCUCCUCCUCCGUUCUUCUUCUUCCCUUUUCCACAUGACCUCUCAAUCUUUGUUCUUCCUUAAUCAUGUCUUCGUCUAUUUCAUUCUCCUCUCCCACGUCUCCCUCGCCGCCGCUCAAUCCGGAGCCCCUCCAGAUAUGUACCCUUUCAAACAGACCAUCAGCAAACGAAUGGCUGUCGUUUUGAUUGUUCUUGUUUGCUUCUUCAUCGUCGUCGCCGUCCUCUCCGUCUACACCCGCCAGUGCACCGAACAACGCUUCGGCGGCCGUCUCCUCCUCCCUACUCAUCUAGAUGGUGCCAACGCCCGAUCCAGAAGAGCGGCGCGUGGCCUCGACGCUGCUGUUAUAGCUACUUUCCCCACCUUUGUAUACUCUAACGUCAAGGAUCUUAAAAUCGGGAAAGGCUCGUUGGAGUGCGCCAUUUGUUUAUCUGAAUUCGGAGAUGACGACACGUUGCGUUUGUUGCCGAAAUGCAGCCAUGUCUUCCACUCGGAUUGUAUCGAUGCUUGGUUGGUCUCUCACUCCACCUGCCCUGUUUGCCGUGCUAGCCUUGUCCCCAAACCCGGCGAUAUAUCCUUCGCUGCUCUGCUCAAUUCCGAUUCAGGAAUCGACGGUAACGGACGGGAUGAAGGAAAUCGAGGGACCGGAGCGGAAAAUAAUCAGGUGAUUGUUCGAAUUCCGGAAGAGAAUCAGGGUCAGGACGUGAAUUUGAUAACCCCAAAUCAAGGAUUGAAUCAAAGUCGUUCAAUUCGGUCGCGAUCGUCGGGAUGGAGAUUGAGUGGAUUGUUUCCUCGGUCUCACUCGACGGGUCACUCGCUGGUUCAACGGGGAGUGGAUUACGAGAGGUAUACGCUGAGAUUGCCGGAGGAGGUGAGAAGUGAGCUGUUGAAUUCGAAUUUGAAUCGGGCGAGGAGCUGCGUGGCGUUCCAGAGGAUGCAGAGUUCGAGACAGGGGUACCGGAAUGAGUUGGGAAAGAAUGGGUUAGUGGGAAAUCGGAGCAGGAGUGGGCGGUCGGAGUGGCGGACAUUGUUACCAGGAGCGCCGUUGUUCAAAAGGGAGGGUUCGAGAAAGGAUGUGAAUGGAGAUGACGGUGGACGGCCGUUCGCACGGUUGCGGGCUGAUUGUGAUGGUCAAAGUCAACAAUAAUGUAGGCGGCUAACGGUUGUGGGUUCUCAACAAUUGGGCCGAUUUGGGCUUUUGUGUAUGUUUUUUAUUUUUUCUUUUUCUUUCUUUUUUUUUUUUUUUUUAAAAAUAUUUUAAUGCAGCAAAAAUUAGAAAGAAAAAAAAAGGGUAAAUGAUUGGAGAAUAUUUUAUUGGUAAAAAGGGUAAAAGGGUAGAAGGCUAUUGGUUGAGUGAUUGAUCGCUUCCAUUUGAUUGGCGCAUGGCAGAGACGACAAUGUAUAGAAGAACCAUUUCCCUUC